AUGCCCACGCUCCUUAUCGACAACGAAGAAGUUUCGAUGAAGAGAAGGCGACGGCAUCCAAUGAAAACCAAAGGAGGGAAAAAACGACGCCAUGGAAAAAUCAAUACUGAGUGUACUCAUAGAAACUCUCGUCGUGCUACGCCAAAUAUCCAAGAGGUCGAGCCACAACAUCUCUUGACCGAGAAUGACGCAUUUCUUGAUAUAGAUAACCUUGGCGAGGACAACAUUGCUUAUUGCUUCAUGACAAAAGAUGAGAUCAACCCUAAACUUGAUGGACAAUCUAAGCUAGUCAUCUCCUUCUGCCAUCCAGGUGCAAUUUCAGAGCUUCAAUCCAACAGUCCAGAGCUCUCGCCGGAAAAGGUCUGUCUAAUCGACGACAGGACAUGUGAGGGACCGAAUUCGAAGGCGUUUGGUGUCUGCGAGCCUCUCAAUGUUUACGAGAUGUUCAACAAGCUACAGAGAAAGAGAUUCUUUAUCAAAGAGCCCAGCAUCCAUCGGAGAUUAAUCUUGCCUUACUACUCUUGGAGAUUUACCAGGAAGUCAAAGCUCGGUCCUCGACACGGAAAGUACAGGAAUCGGUUGAGAAAAAUGCUCGACAUGAGCUUCCUUCAAGGCAAGACCAUACCGCAGGGCCAAGAAACCGACUAUCUGUGCGAAUCACAAGUCUCAGUCUUGAUCACCGCCAUAAACUCGAAAAUCUGGACAGGAUACUGCUUUGUCGAUACAUAUCAUGAGCCCAUAGAGAAGAGGAAAACUGUCGAAAAUUACUGUAAAAAUGGGCUUGAUCCUGAUCAACCACAAAUGGAUCCUUGUGUCGAUCACGAAUCCGAAAACCCAAUACUAGAUCCGGGGGAAUCGACCAUUUCCCAUACGAAGCCCAAAGUCUACCUGGGAGAUCUCGUCAAGCUAGGCAAGAACCUCUCAAAUGGCUCCGUCAGACGAGACGUAUUCUCACAGCCCUAA